CUGGGCUGUGGAAACAGCUUCUUGUGGCUCCUCCUCUUCCCCUGUCCCCAGCUGAGGCUCCUGGAUGACGUCACCUACCAGGAAGCCGCCGGCCCGGGGUGGGGAGGGAGGCCGGUGCCCAUGGGUAGGGCUUCACCCAGGUAGGGGCCCCUGGCCCCUGUCCAGGGAGCUGAGACCCCUCUGGACCAUCGCCGGGCUGAUGUCGGGCGCGUGACUGUUGGCAUCUCCCGCUUGCUCCCUGCCCAUUGCCUAGCAACAGUGAGCGGUGCAGAGGCUGCCUGAGGCAGGUGGGUCGUGCCAUCGGAGAGGACCGGGAGCAGCCUCCCCACGCCAGGCAUCAUGUUUAGCAGGUCCGGCUACCGGGCCCUGCCCCUGGGCGACUUUGACCGCUUCCAGCAAUCCAGCCUGGGCAUCUACGGCUCCAAGCAGGGCUUCUUCCCCACCAUUCUGGGGCGAGAGCGGCUAAGCCUGGGGCAGGACGUGGACUCUCCCCAGAGCUGGCCCUCAUACAUCUGCCAUGGCAUCAUCAGUUUCCUGGUGUUCCUGCUGCUCAUUAUCACAUUCCCCAUUUCUGGAUGGUUUGCCUUGAAGAUUGUCCCUACCUAUGAGCGGAUGGUUGUGUUUCGUUUGGGGCGGAUCCGGGCCCCCCAGGGGCCGGGCAUGGUCCUGCUGCUUCCUUUUAUCGACUCUUGGCAGAGGGUGGAUCUGAGGACAAGAGCAUUCAAUGUCCCUCCCUGUAAGCUGACCUCCAAGGAUGGUGCGCUGGUCUCUGUGGGGGCUGAUGUCCAGUUCCGCAUCUGGGACCCUGUGUUAUCAGUGAUGAUGGUGAAGGAUUUGAACUCGGCCACCCGCAUGACGACCCAUAACGCUAUGACGAAGACCCUGUUGAAGAAGCAGCUGCGUGAGAUCCAGAUGGAAAAGCUGAAGAUCGGGGAUCAGCUCCUACUGGAGAUCAAUGACAUGACCAAGCUGUGGGGUCUGGAAGUGGACCGAGUGGAGCUGACCGUGGAGGCUGUGCUGCAGGCUCCCCAGGAUGCCCCCGCCCUGCCCGGCCUGGACAGCGCCAUCCAACAGCUGGCGCUCCAUUUCUUUGGCGCCGGCAGUGGUGGAAAUGCACCUGUAGCGGCUGAGACAGACACCAUGGAGAUGGUGAAUGAAGUAGAAGGGUCCCCCCCAUCUGCCAACAACCCAAGCAGCACCAGCAAUGGCAACACCAAGAAGAGGCUAACGGUGGAGGAGCUGCUGGGGGCUGUGGAGCUGUUUCUGUCCGAGGCCUUGGUCAGUCAAGUCCAGGCCUGCUACCAGUUUAACAUCCUCCUGCCCAACGGCACCCACAGCACCUACUUCAUUGAUCUCACCACAGGGAGUGGGAAGAUUGGGCAUGGUGUGUCGGAGUGCAAUCCAGACGUGGUUUUGGAAAUGACUGAGGCUGACCUGCUAGCCCUAUUCUCUGGGCAACUGAGGCCCUUUGAAGCUUACAUGAGCGGGCGGCUGAAAGUGAAGGGCGAUUUGAACAUGGCCAUGAAGAUGGAGUUGCUCUUGAGGGCCAUGAAAUAGCAGAAGAGCAGCAAAGCCUGUCUCGGUCCUGGCCUUGAGUCCCCAGCCCCUCAAGGUGCUUAUUGGCAACCAACGGCGAAGCGGCUUCUUUGGCCCAUAAAGUAGUGCUGGGAAAAGUUGACGACUCCCUUUCCCUGCCUGGUCUUCCUCACCCAGUUUGUUCUUUUGACAAGUCUUUCCUGAGACCCAACCCUGUACCAGGGGACACCAGGGAAGAGACAGGAGAAGACCUAUGCUCUCGAGGGACCCCUGCUCUGUCUGUGGAGACAAGACCCACACCUAUGCAACCACUGGAGAGCAUCACCAAGCAAUCUAAAACCCGGUGUUGGAGUACACCGAGUGUGCUCUUGCUGUAGUAGGAGGCCAGGAGAAAGGCAAUGAUUACCAAGGACUGGGCUAGUCGGGGAAAGCUUCGGCUGGCCUUUAGAGAGGGAGGAGGAGGAGGAGGAGAAGGGAGCACUGCCAUCCCAGCCCAGAAAGACAGGCCUCCUACAAGCCGAUGGAAUCCAGAAUAGAGACCAGAAGACUAGGGAUGGAGGCAGGGACUCUCUGGCCCUGGGCAUCGCCUCAGAAUGGGGAGGAGAAGGGGCUGGCCCCUUCCCCUGGCAGGCCUCUUGGGCUUGUGGAUGCUGUGUCUCUCUUCCCUGUCCUGCAUGUGAUAUCGAGGAUGACGGGAGGUGGGGAGGUGGGGCAUGUUUACUGGUCUGACUUUUGACUGAAUUGUUUUUGUUUGUGUUUUAAAUUAAAAAACUAAAAAACCUGA